CAGCCACCUCCAACUCUUAAAAACAUUUCUGCCCGCCUCCCAGCACACAGCCCAGGGAGAAAACCAUCCUGUCAAAGGGACGGUGCCAAAAGGCAGAAACAAAGUUAAGCAGUAUUGAUUGAUCAACUGCUUGGCAGAAGCCAAUGGCUAAAAAGGUAGCAGUGAUCGGAGCAGGGGUCAGUGGCCUGAUCUCUCUGAAGUGCUGUGUGGACGAGGGUCUGGAGCCCACUUGUUUUGAGAGGACGGAAGACAUCGGAGGGCUGUGGAGGUUCAAAGAAAAUGUGGAAGAUGGCCGAGCAAGUAUCUAUCAAUCUGUCAUCACCAACACCAGCAAAGAAAUGUCCUGUUUCAGUGACUUUCCAAUGCCUGAAGAUUUUCCAAACUUCCUGCACAAUUCUAAACUUCUGGAAUAUUUCAGGAUUUUUGCCAAAAAUUUUGAUCUUUUAAAAUAUAUUCGGUUCCAGACAACCGUCAUUAGUGUGAAAAAAUGCCCAGAUUUUUCAUCCUCUGGCCAAUGGAAGGUUGUCACCCAGAGCCACGGCAAGGAGCAAAGUGCUGUUUUUGACGCAGUUAUGGUUUGCAGUGGCCACCACAUCCUACCUCACAUCCCACUGAAGUCAUUUCCAGGUAUUGAGAGGUUCAAAGGCCAAUAUUUCCACAGCCGCCAAUACAAGCACCCAGAUGGAUUUGAGGGGAAACGUAUCCUGGUGAUUGGAAUAGGAAACUCGGCCUCAGAUAUUGCUGUUGAGCUGUGUAAGAAGGCUGCUCAGGUUUUCGUCAGCACCAGGCAUGGUUCCUGGGUUAUGAGCCGUAUCUCUGAAGAUGGCUAUCCUUGGGACAUGGUGUUCCACACCCGAUUUAACUCUAUGCUCCGAAACGUCCUGCCACGAACAGUUCUAAAAUGGAUGAUGGAACAACAGAUGAAUAAGUGGUUCAACCAUGAAAAUUAUGGUCUUGAGCCUCAAAACAAAUACCUUAUGAAAGAACCUGUAUUAAACGAUGAUCUUCCAAGUCGUCUACUCUAUGGAGCCAUCAAGGUGAAACCAAGAGUAAAAGAGCUCACAGAAUCUUCCGCCAUCUUUGAGGAUGAAACGGUAGAGGAAGACAUUGAUGUCAUUGUCUUUGCAACAGGAUAUACUUUCUCUUUUCCCUUCCUUGAAGAAUCACUUGUUAAAGUAGAGAAUAAUAUGGUCUCACUGUAUAAAUACAUCUUCCCACCUCACCUGGAAAAGUCAACCCUUGCAUGCAUUGGUCUCAUCCAGCCCCUAGGAUCCAUUUUCCCAACUGUCGAACUUCAAGCUCGUUGGGUGACAAGAGUUUUCAAAGGCUUGUGUAGCUUGCCUUCAGAGAGGACAAUGAUGGCGGACAUUAUCAAGAAGAAUGAAGAAAGGAUUGACCUGUUUGGACAAAGCCAGAGCCAGAUAUUGCAGACCAAUUACGUCGACUAUUUGGACGAGCUCGCCUUGCAGAUAGGUGCGAAGCCAGCCUUUGGCGCUCUCUUGCUAACAGACCUUAAACUGGCUGUAAAACUCUAUUUUGGACCCUGCAACUCCUACCAGUAUCGCCUGGUUGGGCCCGGACGAUGGGAAGGAGCCAGGGCUGCCAUCCUCACCCAGAAGCAAAGGAUACUGAAGCCUUUGAAGACUCGCACUCUGAAGGUUUCAUCUCAUUUCGCAGUUUUUUUCCUGUUGAAAAUCCUGGGGAUCCUUGCUGUUGUUGUGGCCUUUUUUUUCCAACUUCAGUGGUUCUAAUCUGUCAGCAGAAUGCUUUGGCUUUAUUGCCCUGUCAGUCAAUACUUUUUAAGAGAAAAAAAAGACUAAAAGAAAAAAUAUUAAAUCUACAUUCUAAAUGUAGAUUUUUAGAGUUAGGAAGAAUAAAUAAGAGGGGCAAUUGUGAAUACUAGCAGAAUUAGGUCUGUGUAUAAAACCAAAAUUGAGUUAUGAAAUUUCUUUGCCAUUCCACCCUUACCUCAGUUCAACAUAUUUUCCAAAAAGUGUGAUAAAAUAGCGUUGGCCAGGUGGAUGGUGCUGCCAGCCCUGACAGAGGGGAGUUGUGUAGGAAAAUAGUAGAAUGACACAGAAUGAAAAGCAGGCCCCAUUGUUUAAAUUAUUGGACAGUUUAAAUUGUGGGUAAGUAUUUAAAACUCCUUGCAAACUUCCUGAUGGUCUUCCUACCCAAACUACAUUUCAUAACAAAGUUUUCAGACGUUAGGUCAUCCUCCAUUUGCUUGGUGGGGGAUCAUUCGAAACUACUGGAGAAAAAAAUGAGAGAAUAGACUGAGAAAACAACAGCAUUGCUAAGACCUUUAGGGCCCCAUACUUAAAGCUAAGCAAAUAGUCACAUCUCCUAUAUUUUGGCAGAAACACUGCUGGAAAAAUUUAAAAAAACAAUAGCUAGUUCAUAAAUAAUAUAUAUCUCAUGCUUAUAGGCCAGACAUUGUGCUAUGUGCACAUCAUAUAUAUUAUUUCAUUUAAUUCUCACAAUAAUUCUGUGAGAUAGGUACAGGUAUUAUACCCGUUUUGCAGAUGGUGAAACUGAGAUUCAGAGCAAUUGGGUAACAUGUCCAAGACCACACAGCCAGUCUUGUGAUGCAACUGGAAUUAGAAGCCAGGUUUAUUGGACUCUAGAACUGAAGAUCAUAACCUUGCCCCAUAAUAUACUUAUUACAAAAAUCUCUGUUAUUAAUAAAGUACUUAUUAAUAGUUUA